AUGGCCGAUACAUUUGAUGUUAACAAAAAAAAACGUAAAUACGCUGAAGACGAAGUACAUACCAAAUCCAAGAAUACUUUAACACCAAUCGCUGAGACUACCGUUGAUAAUGUAGAUGAUCCAAAAAGAAGAAAGCAAGGAUCUGAUGAUGUUAAUUCAAGUUCUGAAUAUUCAAGUUCUGAAGGACAAGACGAAUACACAUCAACUCUCGACGACCCUGAUGACAUGACAUCACCAUCAUACUCGCCAUUUUCAUCCAAAAUGGAAAGACUACUUUCUCUGGCAACCGAUUCAGUUUUUGGUAGUGACAACGAUGAAAUUAAUGUUAUAAGAGAUGUUCAUACAUUACCUUUAGUGAACAGGAAUCCUGAAGAUGAUUUUCUUAUCGAAGGACUUAAUAUAUCAGAGUUAUUUUGA